AUGAAUGAAGGCCAAAUAGAAUUUCAUCAUUUACCCACGAUAAGCAUGCAGGCUGCGAGCAAUGCAUCUAACAGUACCACUAACACAACCAGUACAGCAUAUGAUAAACGUUAUUCAUGCAUAUCUUCAAAUUUGACUGCGAACGCCAGUUUACUACAAAAGCAACAACAAGAUGCGAUGCUUUCAACAAAUAACUUAUGCACACCACUUUGUUACAUAACUGAAGAUAACAUAAGUUAUAGUUCCAAAUAUAUUCCCACACGUUAUUUACCAACUCAAGUGGCAUACCCAAUAAAAUUCUCUGUUUUAAGUAUGUUAAACGAAAGUGAAGAUGUUUAA